AAGAUGGGCGGCGCAUAUGUUUUUUUGUAAAUUUUGCGAUCAUUCACUCUUUUGGCCGGCAGCGAACGUGACAGUCGCGUGACGAUCGCCUCGAUUUCCCCAUUCCAUAUUUCCCUUCCCCGUCACUGUCUUCUUCCAGUUGCAGCUUGCGACGUCUUAAAAAUCAUUCACUUCAUACUCCAUUCAAUAACAAAACCACUUCCCAGAUGGAACACCAUCCCACCACCACCUCCGCCGAUUCCGCCGCCGCCGCCGCCGCCACCACCACCACUACGACAUGCCGCCACUGCGGCAGCGCCACCAUGUGCCCAGCGCCACCAACAUGGUCCGAUUCCUCUCCACCGCCGGUCUACCGCCCAAUUCGUGCUCCGGCUAUUAACCUCCCUCCUCACCAAAACCCCCAACAAGCCAUCAUCCUCACCCCCGUACCCCAAUCCCAGAAAGUGCCCAUCGUCUCUCCGCCCUACCACUUCCAAGUCCCCUGCAAACAAAUCCACUCCCAGGACGACAUCCGCCGCUUCCACGCCUCCCCCGCCGCCACCAACUUCCUCGGCUUCGUCGUCGCCCUUAGUGAAUCCAUCCGCGGUCGCAAAAUCUCCGACCCCUGCAUCGAAUCCCCCAUUCUUCGAUCAAUCAUCUCCGUCCUUGAAACCCUAAUUCAAUGGAUCGAUGACAUUCCUCCCGUCGAUCAGUCGUCCCGAUACGGUAACAUAUCGUAUCGGGACUGGCAUGGUCGAUUGACGGAUAAUGCCGCAUCUUUGAUGCUCCAAAUUUUACCCGGCGAUAACGAUGAUCUUCUAUCCGCCACGGUUGAGAUCGUCCCCUACUUCACCGAUAGUUUUGGCAACUCGAGCCGCAUUGAUUAUGGCACGGGGCAUGAAUCCAAUUUUGCAACGUGGUUGUACUGUCUUGCUAGGCUAGGCCUCUUGAAGGAAGACGACUAUCAGGCUGUUGUGUCUAGGGCUUUUGUUAAAUACCUUGAAUUGAUGAGAAAGUUGCAGGAUGUGUAUUGUCUUGAGCCUGCAGGAUCGCAUGGCGUUUGGGGUCUCGACGACUAUCAUUUUUUGCCGUUCAUUUUUGGGUCAUCGCAAUUGGUCGAUCACAAGUAUAUGAAACCCAAGUCAAUUCACAAUCAGGACAUACUUGACAAUUUCUCCAACGAGUACAUGUAUCUUUCAUCUAUUUCUUUUAUUAAGAAGGUCAAGAAGGGCCCCUUUGCAGAGCACUCACCAUUGUUGGAUGAUAUCAGCGGCGUGCCAAAUUGGAACAAGGUGAAUAGUGGGUUGCUCAAGAUGUAUAAAGUAGAGGUCUUGGAGAAGGUUCCUAUCAUGCAGCACUUCCUAUUUGGGUGGCUUAUCAAGUGGGAGUAGUAAUGCAUCACCUCUGGUUGGACGUCUUAUGUGGAGCACUGCAAAAAGAUGAAACAUACUUUUUCUCUCAUAUGCUAAUUGGUUAUUCAGAUCCAGCCUGGGGGGUCGAUGCAUUUUGUUUAAUGUAAGUAAAAGCAGUUCCCAGUUGACAGUCGAUGAUGCGGUGAGUUAAGAUUUGAAGAUGCAAUAUUGACCCUUUUUUUUUAUAAAGCUGUUGCAAAUUUUUGUUUCAGUAAGAGGAUUAAUACGUUUGAAAGUUUUAUAAAAGGUACUGACAGCUUAUCACUUAUAGGCAUGAUGCAGAAAGCAUCUUUUAGCCAGAAACUAGGUUUUUUAAGUGCAAGCAUUUUGCUGAUGCUCUUGCAUGAAUACUGGGUCUACAAAAAAACUUGAUGAUUUGUGAGGGUUAAUUCGAUUUCCUGAUGUGCUGCCCA